GCAAAGAUUAAUUAAAUAAAAAUAGUGACUAAAUCUGAAAAGAAAGAAUAAUUAAAUAAAAAUAAUAAUAUCUGAAAGAAAAGAUAAAUAUUAUUUGAUCAUAAUAUAAAACAAACAUUUGUUUUCACAUAUUAUAUAUAUAUGGAUUGUGCAGGCCGCAUAAAAUACAUACAUACGUACAUAUGUACAUAUUUAUUUUUGCGUAUUAUAUUGGACUGCGCAGUCCAAUUUCAAACAACAGACACUUUUUUCACAUACUUACUGAACAGUUGAUAUUUGCUGCUUCCGAUGGUAUUGCUGCUGCUGCUAUUUCCAAUCCAUUCUGAUUUCUAAUGCUAUAAAAGCAAAUGAAAUAAUUAUUUGCAAAUUAUUUAAAAAAAAUCACAUACAAUUCACUUACUUCUUCUUGUUGUACAAGCACGAAUGACAUGCGUUUUUCAAUCGUUUUUUAUUACCCUUUUUGGGAUUUUCUUUUCGCACUAUUGACAAUUAUGUUUUCUUCUUCGCACUCAUUCAAAUAAAUCAAGAAAUGAAAGAAACUUUUUUUCAUCGCAUUUAGGUAAACAAAAAAUAACCCGAAAAUGUGCGUACAGAGAUGUGUGUGUACAGAGAAAAAAUGUGUAGUUGUAUUGGAAUAUUUGUCUCAAGCGGGUAGCCGUGGUUGGCAGGGAUAUAAACCAUAUAUGGGCCACUGCCUACGUAGUGUGUAAGUUUGGUUGUAACGGUAUAUAAGAUAAAGUUAAGUAGAUAUUGCCACUAUUAGCGCAAAUUCGAAUGCACUUAAAUUGAAGAAUGAACAGCAAACAAGACACCACCUCCUUUUCUGUUCAGCCGGUCAUAUCUUAAGAUUUCGAAUUGGCUGUUGAACAUUUAAUUAUCAAAAAUGUGGGGCUUUAGCCAAGUUUUUGUGAAAGCAAUGAUUUUAAAGUUACAAUUAAUGCUAUUUAAAUACAGAUCAGUAAGUUUGGUAUUAAGACCUCUAACAUUUUGAUAAUAAAUACUAAGCGAAUUAUUGUUAAUCAGUUUUUUGUAUCAACGAGUUUUUUUGGCAUUUUAGUGACAACUACAGGGGGCUUAUCACGUUUGUGCUCGAGUUCGCGCACAAAGACGCCAGAUGGUCAGAAAGAGUUGUCAAGUACCAAUUGAAAAUUGUCAGCGGAUACGUUGAUCUUAAACGACGAAAUAUCCCUAUUUGAAAUUAAAUUUACGGAUGUCUGUAUCGACCGUUUUUAAUUUCGACGAGAUAUAACUUUUUAUAUCAUCGACUGUGGAAUCCGCAGCAAGUCUUGAGAUAAAAAUUGCCUUUUUCCGCGUUCUAAGUUUUUAUUAGCUGACUUGCAGGUAUUUGGAGGCGGAUCUUGAUCAUUUGGAACCUUCUCUCCUUGAGGAUAAGGGAAUGAAAGAUUGAUGAGGUCAAUAGUGGGUGGAGACAUUCUUUUUAAGGAAGAUGCAAUGGUAUCUCCAUCAUGGUUAAAAUAUGUAUGUCUUAUUAUCUAAAGAAGUGCUAAUAUAAAACUGAAUAAAUUUUGUGCCUCUAAUAUUUUGGCCGUUCCAUAUAUGGUUUCCGUCAAUUAUAAUAUUUCCGUGAUCUAAUAUUAAUAAUGGCACAUUGUUUUCUUGAACAAUGUUACAAUAUGCUUUGUCCUUAUUUAGUAAAGGGAUAGUACAAUUACCUUGCAAUUCUUGUUUACAAAUAUUUAUUCCUACAUUAUUAUUACACUUAUGUAGAUACUCUUAUACAUUUAUUUUCACAUUUUGCUAUUUUUCUUUUCAUUUGUAAUUUUCCAUGUUUGUAUGCUAAGGGAAUUAAUUUGUGUAAUUUACAUUUAUUAUUAAUGGUAGGGUAUUUAUUAUUUUGUUUUUUUUUUAACUAUUAAUUUUUUUCAUUCCCAUUAUGAAAUUUCCUUGGAAAUAUCCUAAAAAAAAUCCCUGAAAGUUUUAGCCCUUAAUAUUAACAUUAAGGACUGGACCAAGGCAUGUACAAAUUUUUCAUUGAAAAUACAGGACGAUCGUGAUUUUUUAUCUUUAAAUUUCUAUUACUCAGACGGCAUCGAUUUGACUUUAGACACAUAUUCAUCAGGAUUUAACACUCUUAAAAAGUGCCCAUUGCGACAAAGUCGAAACUCACACCUAUCUUUAUUGUAAUAAUUUAAUACUUUUCGUUUUUUUUUUGAGUAAAAUAUUUUCUAUUUCCAGAUACUUUUCCCGAUUGAAGAAUACGCCUUCCGGUUUGUAUAUUGUAGUUGAAUGGAUAGUUUUAUUGUCUGUCGUACCGCGUUAAACAAUUCUUCGCCAGGAGCUGUUUUGUUUUCGCUAGCUAAGCUUGUUCGAUUAGUGUACUGUGAACCCAUUCAACUUCACCGUUCGUUGUUGAAUGGAGUCAAUGCAUGUGUAAUUUGAAGUCUGCUAUACACUGCCUUCGCUACGUUGCCUACGAACACAUUGUCGUUAUCAGUCAUAAGAUGUUUGGCGUUGGGGUACACUUGAGAAUACAUUUCCUCUAUGUACUCAUGACAAUUUAGUUUGCUUUCCUGUUUUCGUAAGUAACAAUAUUUUGAGUACUUAUCAACGGAGCUGAUAUAUCUAUAUAUAUAAAAGAAGGUGACGUUAGUUACUACGCUUAUAACUGGAGAACGUCUGGACCGAUUUCGAUGAUUACCACCAAUUCGGACAGAUCUCCGCCCAAACAAGGAGAAUACUUAAGAAAAUUCUGGAAAAUUUUCCGAAAAAAAUUAGGAAGAAAAUAAAUUUUCAAAUACGAUUUUAAAAAGGAAAUAGAAACGAACAUGAUUUUAAAUGCUGUAUUGCCAGUAGAUGGCGUUGUGUGCAUUAACUUUUGACAGCUGCAUGCAUAUGCACAGUUGGCAACCCACGCAAGAUGCAAUGACAUAUGUGACUUGAGUUUAGUAACAUAAAUAUCGGCAUUUUCUUAAGCUUUUAUCGGCUUUCGUUAGUUAUUGUAAUUCAAUUUGAUUUAAUACAUUAUCUAUAUAUAUAAAACAAAGACGGGUUUGUUCGAGCACUUAUAGCUUGAGAUCUGCUGAACCAAUUUUCAUGGUUAUUGAUUCGUUGGAUUUGUCUCCACCCCGAAUAGCAGAAUACAUAUUAAAAACAAUGAAAACUCGAUAAAAUUGGAUAAUUCCAAAUAGUAACUUUUUUCCAUACAAUUUUUUUUUUCAAUUUGUGUUUGUUUUGUUUUUCAAUAUUUUGAUUUGUAAAUUAUUUGAAUAGUUUAAUUUCGGUCGCUUGCUUUUUUAUUCCGGUUAUUCCAAAGAAAAAUUAUUGAAAAUUAUUCAGAGAAAACUUUACGUGUGUUUCAUAUAAAGAGGUCAAUUGCAGAUUGAAAUUUGUUACGAAGCCACGAAGAGGUCGCCCUAAUAUCGGUCGGCGUUCGUUUUGCCAUCAACGUAUGACAGCCCAAGGCAAGGCAAGGCAAGAAGUACUCCCAGGAUGCGGUGACAUACGUGCGGAAUUAUGGAUCGCGGUCAAUCAGCAAGCGAUCAUCACAACACGACUUUUCAAACAACAGUUGCGAUGUUUGAUUGACUUUAUCUUGAAGCAACGUAUAUAUGGUGCUGUUGGAUGCUAGAUGUACUCUGUUGAGUGGCAAAAUAAAGGUUUUCGGCACGCACAUAUUCUUCUUUGGCUGGUGGAUGAUGGUUACAUCAGAUCAAAUUGAUGAAAUUAUUUCUCCGAAAAUUCCUGAUGUAGAGAAAGAUCCAGUAUUAUAUGAAGUGGUGGAAACCAAUAUGGUUCAUUGACCUUGCGGACACUACAAUCCCUUUUCGGUUUGUAUGUCUGACAAUAAAUGCACGAAACAGUAUCCACGUGCUUUUCUUUCGGAAACACAAACUGGAAAUGAUGGAUAUCAACUCUAUCGGCCUCGCUCACCAGAUAACAGAAUAUUCAGCAUUCAACUUAGAAGAGUGAAUAUCGAAGUUGACAACACUUGGAUCGUACUAUAUUCACCAUUAUUGUCUAAAUCGUAUUCAAAACUCAUAUCAGUGUUUAGUAUUGCAGUUUGGUGAAAUCGAUAAAAUACGUUUGUAAGUACGUCACCAAAGGAAGCAACAUGGCGAUUAUUGGUCUUGAACGAUACGGUUGAUACUUGAACUGCAAUAAAGCGUUUUGUAGGAUAUUUACUUGUGCAAUUCAUGAACGUUUUCCGACUGUUGUGCGUCUCGCAGUUAAUUUGGAGAAUAGGCAAAAGGUGUAUUUCAACCCAGAGAAUACAGUAUAGCCACCGGAAACAUCGCCAGCAACAGAAUUAACAUAGUCGAGUUUUUUCUCAACUUUCGUCAGUGAUCCGUUUGUGAGAACAUUGCUCUAUUCGGAAAUACCUUGAUAUUAUACAUGGAAUGCAUCGUCGAAGAAAUAGUUACGCAGAAAGCAAGGCCAACCAGUAGAUUGACAUCCAGGUGUCUAAUGCAUUAGGACGAAUUUACACAAUCCACCCGAAAAACGAUGAUUGUUUCUACCUUCGGUUGCAAUUGAUUAAUGUACGCGGUUCAACUAUAUUUUAGUCAUUGCUUACUGUGAAUGGUUCGAUGUGUGCAAGUUUUGGAGAAGUAAGCCAGCAAUUACAUUUGCUGGAACACGUUAAUCACUGGAAUGAAAAUGAAGUUCGCAUACUUUUCGAUAUAAACAUCGACAUUGCCAAAGACAUUUACAUCGUCUUCGCUAAAAAUUGGAAAUGGUACAAUUUCGGUUGAUACUUCCGGUGGCUCGAUAUCAAUUCACGAAAGAUGAACUCAUCACAAAUGUUCGGACAUUGGCUAAAUUAUCGUAACUGCGAUUCCUUAAGUGCACGCGCAAUGUUAGCUGCCAAAAAUACCGAUGUUGUUAACUUAAACUGGAAGAUUCAAAGUCAAAUUCCGGGAGACUUGCGCUCAUACAAAUCGAUCGAUCGUCUUGACAAUGAAGACGACGCCGUGAAUUAGCCAGCGGUAUUUCUAAAUUCUCAAAGUAGGAUCCGCCGUUAUUAUGUUUUGCAAUCUUCAUGGGCCGAAUACAAGGGGGAGAAUUCUUGAUUCUACGAAUUCCUUUGAGUUCUAACGAUUUUCCAUUUCAGCUCAAGCGUAUUCCGGCAUAAAUAAGGAAAUGCUAUGUUUUUCACAUGGCCGUGGCGUGCUCACGAGUUGGAAAACCAUCUUUUCUGUACACCGGAACAGAAACCAAAAAACGUUGUUUAUAAAGCUGCGUUACAUUGAAAAAAAAAUGAAAUAAAAUAAAUUAUAAAUUUAACUUUCUUUUCAUUUCAUAAUACAUAAUUUCACGCAGGACAACGGCUGCGGGGUCAGCUAGUUAUAUGUACAUAUAUUAUUGUUCAUGUGAAAUAUAUCCAUUUGUAUGUAUCCCCCUACUUUAGUUGGAAUUAAAGUUUUUCGUAUAGGUCGUUUGUUUGGAUGUCUUUCAUACUUGUGUUGUAAACAAAUUUCACAUUUCAUUGUUUCUGUUUUACACAUUGGUUUUACAACUUCUUUUAAUUUUUCUAUUAAGUCAUUCUUGUAUUUGUAGUGGAUUGUAUGACUUACUCUAUUUGAAAAAAUUGUUUUCGUUGGUACGCCUACGUUUGCUAGGUCAUAAACAGGUACAAUUUGAUUUUUAAAUGAAUUAAAUGGUUGUUUUACUCUUUGGAAAUGUUCUACAGGGGAACUUACUGCCGAACAUUGAGAACAAUCAGUCGCACAAUGGUGGCAUUUAUUUGUUGUCUUGAUAAAGCGUCUGCUACAACAUUUUGGUGUCCUGGUUUAUAAACAAAUUUUGCUCCAUAUUCUUCAAUUAAAAAUUUCCACCGUAUUCGGAUUCUUGUCUGAUAUUGAAUAUAUGACGGACUGAUGGUCCGUGAAAAUAGUUAAAUUUGCUAUCCCGUAUAGAUAGUUUCGUAACUUUUGAAGUGACCAAAUAGUUCUUUUUCAUUUGUGCUAUAAUUCUAUUCAGUAUCAUUUAGUGUUCUUGAAAUGAAGGAAAUUGGUUGUUUAUUUUGAGAUACGACUGCCCCAAUAGAAAACUUACUUGCAUCAGUAGUUAAAUCAAAUGGUUUCCAAAAAUCUGGUUGAAAGAGUUCUGUUCGGUGCUUCCUCGUCUAAUUUUAUGUCUACUUUAGCGCUCUGAUUUUUUCUUAACAUUCUUUGAUCUCCUCUUAAAUGAAUAUUAAGGGUUUAGUGAUAAAUGCAAAAUUCCUAAUAAAUUUUCUAAAAUAACUAGCUAAUCCUAAAAAUUACCUUAGUUCUUUAAGAGUUUUUGGAACUGGGAAAUUGUUUCAGUCUUGUUUGGAUCCACAGUAAUCCUAUAUAGACACCGCUUACGCGAUUAUAGCCGAGUCAACAACAGCGCGCCAGUCGUUUCUUCUCUUCGCUACGUGGCGCCAAUUGGAUAUUCCAAGCGAUAUUCCACUUGGUCCUUCCAACGGAGUGGAGGUCUUCCUCUUCCUUUGCUUCCCCCGCUGUCUUUUAAUUCGCUACACUAUGUCAAUGUCGUCGUAUAUCUCAUACAGCUCAUCGUUUCAUCGAAUGCGCUAUUCGCCGUGGCCAAUGCGCAAAGGACCAUAAAUCUUUCGCAGAACUUUUCUCUCGAAAACUCGCAACGUCGACUCAUCAGUUGUUGUCAUCGUCCAAGCCUCUUUCCCUAUAUCAGGACGGGAUUGACUUAUAGAGUUUGGUCUUUGUUCGUCAAGAAAGGACUUGUUGGUAAGAGUUAGUUUGCGUUAGAUUUCGAGGCUGACAUUGUUUUUGGUGUUAGUUCUGUUUCCCAGACAGACGAAACUGACUACGACUUACAGUUUAUGACUGUCAACAGCGACGUCGGAGCCAAGUCGCCAGCAGAUGGUACAUUCUCUAUUUAGUUCUGCAGCUCGAAUUAUUUUCUCCAGAGUCUCCGACUAUCACUCAGAGCGAGCGGUUAUCUCAUUCCCGUGUGCAUUUCGUUCUUUAGUUACUUGUGGUGUAAUCCACGUGCUUUGUUUUUAUUGUUUCACAAUAUAUUUCAGUUUGAAGUGAAUAAAUUACUUAGCCGAUUCCAACUUAUCAUUGUGCAACAAUGGCCCCAGGGCCCACCCCCCUUGGGAAGAAUCGGUUUGCUCCGCUUGCCGAUAGUUCCAGACUAAAAAAGAAAAAAGAUAAAAGACUUAAACAAAAAAUCGAUAUUACUGAUAUAUUUGACUUCCCAACUCUACCUUCAAUCAGUAGAAGUAAUAAUGACCCUAAAUAUAUUACAAUCGAAUCUACCGAAUCAAAUAAAUCAAUUGCGCAAUUUUCUUGCUUUGCUGUACACAAAGCCAUACGCGCGGUGAGUAGCGAAAUUAAUUCAGUGAGUGAGCUCCGUGAUGGUAAAUUGUUAUUCAGCCCUAUUCUGCAUUUCGACUCGAAUCGAAAUUAUUUCAGUUAGGCAACUUUGGUAUUCUGCGUUUCGAUUAGUUUCGAUCAAUCUUCGAAAUUUCCGAUUUUAUGUAUUCUACAUUACGAUCGUAGUUCCGUUUUUGUAAGUUGAACUUUUGUUGGCGUAGAGCGGUCAUAUUUUGGUUUUAGUGUACUUUUAAAAUAUAAAAAUGUCAAAAACAACAACACCAGAACAGUAUGAAAAAUUGGCUGAUAUAAUGGCAACCAAAAGAGAUGUUGCGCAGGGCUUCCAACAGCGACCGAAGGAAGAAGUGAAGGAGUUUUGGGAGGAGAUUGCAAAUGACCUAAAUGCACUUGGUCCACCUUCAAAAGACUCCAGUACAUGGAGAAAGGUGUGGAUUGACUGGAAGAGCUAUAUAAAACGCAAGCUGUCUGCAAAUAAAAAGGAAAUAAUGAGCACUGGUGGAGGUCAAUGUCGGUUGCAACCUAUAAGCCCACUUGAGGAGAAGGUUAUAGCUUUGACAGGGUUGGAAACUUGUACAAGUGGAAUAAGAGGUGCGCGGGCUUAUGGCGAUAGUGCGCAGGUACAAGACGUUGCCCAAACUUCCGAAAUGGACAUUUCCGCAUGUUCGGAGGAUCGAAAUGAAAUUCCUUCAUGCAGCAGAGUUAGCAGCCAGCGCGGAGAAAGAAGAACUGAUAAGGAGAGCGCUUCUUCCUUACUAAAAGAACAAAUAGCUCUCCAAAAAGAAUUCUACGAGGACACCAAAAACCAUAAUGAAGCUGCAGUUAAUAAAAUGGAAGAAGUGGUGACAUAUUUACGUCGCAUGAAUCGUCCUUUAGAAUGUAUGGCGGACACCGCAGUGAAGCAACUACAAGAACAGAAACGACACAAUAAAAUGAAGGAAGAAUUGCUAAGGGAAAAAGUGGAAAUAAAGAUGCGGAUGCUAAAGUUAGAUCCAAAUUAUAAAUCUGAUUCGGAGUAAUUUAGUAAAUAACCUAAAUUUUGUACCUGAACUUUUUUUUUAGUUUUUUGUUAUAAUUAUCUUAAGAAAGAAGCUGUGAACUGAACUGCUGUGAAUGAACUGAAUUCAAUUUAUUAUCUUUAAGUAAC